GUUGGGAUGCCAUCAUGGAUUGGAAAGAUGUCUUAUCAGGAGGAGAAAAGCAAAGGAUGGGCAUGGCUCGGAUGUUUUACCAUAAGCCGAAAUACGCACUGCUGGAUGAAUGCACGAGUGCUGUAAGCAUUGAUGUCGAAGGAAAGAUAUUCCAAGCUGCAAAAGCUGCUGGGAUAUCCCUGCUUUCUAUAACACACAGACCUUCUCUUUGGAAGUACCACACUCACUUGCUGCAGUUUGAUGGGCAAGGCGGAUGGCGUUUCGAGCAGUUGGACACCGCUAUCCGUUUAUCACUGAGUGAGGAAAAACAAAGACUGGAAUCCCAACUUGCAGGAAUUCCUAAAAUGCAGCAGAGACUGAAUGAACUGUGUAAAAUCUUGGGAGAAGACUCAGUGCUUAAAACAAUGGACAAAGAAGAAUAA